CCUCUAAACAAAUUUAACCUUUGUUGGAGAAGCUGAGAGCGUUAGCAUUGAUCUCCUUCCUUCAAAGCGUACCCUAUAUCCCUAAUUUCCUUAAUUCUCCUUUCUUCUCUCUUCCUUCCAAAAUCAUUAUUCUCUCUCUCUCUCUCUCUCUCUAGGUUGAACGUUGCGGGGAUUUGACGGUGACGGUGCACUUCUCAACCUCUUAUUCUCAGUGUGUAAAGGUUGUGUCUUUAAAGAGAAAUCGGUAGCAUCAGAAUAUAACAAUUUUGUUUUCUAAUGGCACUGGUUGUAAUGUGUGGGCAGCCAUGCAGUGGGAAGUCCAAAGCUGCAUUGUGUUUGGUUGAAGCUCUCAAAGAAUCAGAAUCAAAACAUCAAGUGAGAAUCAUAGAUGAAGCUUGCUUUCAUCUUGAUCGAAACCAGAGCUAUGCAAACAUGCCUUCAGAGAAGAAUUUAAGAGGGGUGCUCAGGUCAGAAGUAGAUAGGUCUGUGUCCAAAGAUAGCAUCAUCGUAGUAGAUUCUUUGAAUAACAUCAAGGGUUACAGAUACGAGCUGUGGUGCUUGGCUCGAGCUUCUGGAAUCAGAUACUGCGUGGUGUACUGUGACGUUGAAGAAAACUUUUGUAGGAAACGGAAUGAAGAGCGCAGGGAGAAAGGAGAAGCCAGUUAUGAUGAUUCAAUUUUUGAAGAUUUGGUGAGAAGGUUUGAGAAACCAGAAAGAAGAAACAGGUGGGAUUCUCCAUUGUUUGAAUUAUGGCCACACAGAGAAGGGAUAGAGAAAUCUUCCUCUGCCAUUAUAGAUGCUGUCUCCUACUUAACCAAAAAGGUGGACUCCAAAACCAGGGAUGUUAAGAUUCUGCAACCAACUAUUGCCACUCAAACCUCACGUUUUUCUGAUGCAAAUUCUCUGUAUGAAUUGGACAAAGCAACACAAGAAGUCACGAAUGCUAUAGUAGAAGCACAAUCUCAAGCGCUUGGAGGACCACUUAACGGUGUUUCCGUGGGAAAAGACUUGCCUGUAAUCAACAUUUCAAGGUCUGUUGGGCUGCCGGAUCUACGUAGAAUGCGACGCACCUUCAUAAAACUGACAGGGCAAACAAGUUUAAGCGGGCCACCGCCCCCUUCUGAUGCAGAGAGCGCAAAAAGAAUGUUUAUUGACUACUUGAACAGAGAACUAGGAACAUCCUGAAGAGCAGUAUAUGAAUUGCAAUUCAGCUUGUGUGCUAAAGGUUGCCAUGUUUGUAUUUUUAGAUCACAAACAGCUUUUAUGAUUAGUUUACAUCAUUAUUAUUGAAUAGACUGGUUUUAUACCAUCGUUUUAA